AGGGUCCUAUUUGUACUAUUUAAAAAAAUACAAGGUCCAUUUUGUCAUUUAACAAAACACAGGGUCUAAUUAACUUUUGUAAAACACAGGGUCCAAAAUGGUAUUUACCCUUUAUGCAAUUAAGGAUCGAGUUUUAUAUAUGUUAUUAUUGAAAUUCAUUUUUAUAAAUACAGGUUUAAAAAUACAUGUAUACCAUCUUUAUUUAUAAUACUCAAUGGGAGAUACUCUAAAAAAAGAAAGUUGGGUUUUGAUGUUGAGUAGAGAAAGUGAUGAAUAAGUACCAAUUGCUUUAGAACAAGAAAUAAAGCUCAAGGACCAAGGUCAUAUAUGUGUAUUAUUGUAUGUACUAUGUAGUGCCAAAAAACUACCAAUUCCCUCUCCAAGUCUCAAUGUAGCUUUAUUUUUAGCAGCAACUUCAAUGCAAAUCCUUAAACUUAAACUCUAUUGGGCAAAUGGAGCUCUUUUCUGUUUUUUUUUUUUCUGAAGAAAAAGCGUUAUGGAGCUCUUUUAUUAUUUUUUUUUUGAAGAAAAAGCGUUAUGGAGCUCUUUUCCCUAUACUUAUAUACAUUAUUUAAUUUAAUGGUUUCUUUUCUUCAGUUCUCUUUUUCACCAAAAAUAUAAAGCAUCUUUUUGACCCUGCAAAUUGACCAACUACACUAAUAUAAAUCAUGUAAAUAUGCACAAAGGGUUGUGUUGUGUUAAUUUUUAUCAUUAAAUCUAAAGGAAAAAGGGGGAAGUAAUUAGGGCUCACAGUUCAAGUUGAAGAAUCCGGUCACCAUCACCAUUUAGAUUAUUAUUCUCGUAUAUAUCAUGAUAUAAGAGCCUCAAGCCAAAGCUUUUGAUUUUGGAGCUCAAAGAUGCUUUCUUCUAAGAAUCCUCAGUUUUUCAAGAUUAUUUUGGAACACACUCUUAAUGACAACAAACUUCGGGUUCCACCAUCUUUUGUGAAAAAAUGUGGAGAAGCUUUCACUGAAUCAGUGUUUGUUAAGCUUCCAUGUGGUUCCAAAUGGAAAAUGAAGUUAGAAAAUUAUAAGGAAAAGUUUUGGUUAGAAGAAGGUUGGCCAGAAUUUGUGAAGCAUUAUUCCAUAGAAACAGGCUAUAUGCUAACUUUUAGAUAUGAUGGGAAUUCUGAGAUUUAUGUUAUCAUAUUUGGUACAAAUAAUGUAGAGAUAGAUUAUCCCACUGCUCCUGUUAAUUUUUGUAAGUCUAGCAUCGACAAUGGCAAACUCCGAGUUCCCAAGAGGGAAGUUAUUGAUAAUGUUGACAGCUUUGAAAUCUUGGAUGAUAUCUCUUCUUGCCCCAAAACAGGAGUAAAAUCUUCAUGUUCUCAGCCUUCUAAGAGAAUGAAAACAAAUCCUCCAGGAAAACUUGAUUCACCUUCUAAGAGCAAUGGAGAUAGAUUUGCUACUUAUCCCACAAAAAAGAUGACAAAUGGGAUUCGUAAAACUAUGAAAUCAUUGACUCACAGUGAAAAGAUUGUUGCUUUUCAGAGGACUAAUGAUUUCACAUCUGAACACCCAUUUUUCAAGACGAUCAUGCAACCAUACUAUAUUCUUGGUAGGAAUUUGACCUUUCCACAAGUAUUUGCACAGAUGUACCUAAACAAUUAUAGAUUCUGUGAUGUAACCCUCAAAGUUCAAAAUGAGAACAAAAGUUGGCGUUUGAAGUACACGUAUACAGAACAUAAGAUUGCACAACCCAGGUUCCAAGGUGGUUGGCAAUCAUUUGUUGUGGACAAUAAUUUGAAAGUAGGUGAUGUGUGUGUAUUUGUUUUGCUUAACGCCACAGACAACAUUUUGUUUGAAGUUGUAAUUUUCCGUGCUGAAGAAAGCUCGAAAGAUUCUGUAGGCACAACUUAUAAUGAAGUUGGAACACCUGGUUUUUUCAAUAGUUCUUCUGAAAAACAAGAAUUUGGGAAGCAAUUUCCUUCGACUUUCGAUGAGAGAGUUACAAGUACUGAAAAAGAUAGCUCUUCUGAAAAGCAAGAAUUUGGGAAGCAACUUCCUUCUACUUUCAAUGAGAGAGUUAAAAGUAUUGAAAAAGAUGCUAUUGAAAAUGAAAAUCCUUUCUUCAAGACUGUUAUACAAACAUCAAAUAAGUGGCAUGUGCGUGUACCAUUAGAGUUUGCUGACAAACACAUCAUUAAAGAAGGUGAUAUGGUUCUAGCAAUUCCAAAUGGUGGACAAUGGCCUGCUCAAUUCAAGAGGAGGACAAGCUAUACAACUGGAAAAUCUGCAGCUGUAAUCUAUGAUGGUUGGAAUGAAUUCAUGACAGAAAACGCUUUGGAAGUGGGUGAUGUCUGUAUAUUCGAGCUUCUUAACAGAGCAGAAAUUGUACUUUAUGUUUCGAUUGUCCGGGUUUCUGAUUUUUUAAAACAAGAAAGGUCUCAAGUCAAUAACUCUACAGAAGGUGAGAAGAAGCCAAAGGGAGAUGUGAGGGUGAAAAUUGAAACAGAUUCAUGAGAUGCCAAUAUGUAAAGAAACUAGACCCUUUGAAUGUAUGUGUAAGCUUGGUUAGUUGUAAAUAAGACUUGUUAUCUAUAUUAUAUUUGAAGACAUCUUUCCUA